AUGCUCCUGGCGUCAGCAGUCAUGGGUGUCUUACUGACAGCGGCGACACAGGUGCUAGGUCACGGGCGGCUCAUGGAUCCCCCAGCCAGAAACAGCAUGUGGAGACUGGGGUUCCCCAACCCUGUUAACUACAACGACAACGAGCUGUACUGUGGCGGGAGAAUUACACAGUGGGCCCGCAACAAAGGGAAAUGUGGGGUCUGUGGGGAUCCCCAUCACCACACAACCAAGGAUCAUGAGGUGGGAGGGAAAUACGCCAACGGAAUCAUUUCCCGCCAGUAUACGCAGGGUGACGUCAUAGAGGUUACAGUUCACAUCACAGCCAACCACAAGGGAUAUUUUGAGUUUCGGAUCUGCCCGGUUGCUGACCCCAAGGUCGAGGUCACCCAGGAGUGUUUGGAUCAGCAUGUCCUGGAAAUGGUCAAUGGAGAAGGCACAAGGUAUCACCUCCCAGAAGGCAAGUCCAACCAGUUCUUCAACGUCUCGCUGCAACUUCCGGCAGAUGUGACAUGUAAGCAGUGCGUCAUUCAGUGGAAAUACAGAACAGGUGUGUAA